CUUACACGUAGAGAUUCUACAAGUGGAAUUUAAUGAAAUCUAAAUUGAAUGUUUAAAACGUUUCAUAUAAUAUUUGGCAUUGUUUACUUAUUUAGAAAUAUGCGUGUUGUUGGGACGGCGAGAUAGAUUUGAAGUCACUUGUGUGUUUGGACCCUCGUCUAUUAGUAAUGUAAGAGGUGCUACUUGUGUAAAUACGUAAAAGGCGGUUUUAUCAUUUAUUUAAUAAUGUGACAAGAUUGUAAGAAGAAAAUUCCCCUCGAAAUGUCAUACGUCAUUUAAGUAUAAUACAAGUUCAGCGGAUUCAUUGAAUAAAAGGAAAUAACUGGACGUACUCUAGAAAAGGUACCUAGAAGUAAGUUGUAAACGACUUUAAACGGAAAGAAAAUAUUGCAGGUGUAGGAUUUGCAAACAGUGUGAUUUAGAUGAAUAACAUAACUGCAUACGUCAGCGAAGUUUAACAAAAUGAGUAACCGGAAGUCGAACAAAUCCAAAGAUGCGUAUGGGUCAAACGUGAAGCGUUCCGAAUAUGAUGAUGGAAUUCUACGGAACAAUCAAAGAACCGGAAAUAGACAUCGAGUUGACAUGACUUACUAUGACAGGGCACAAAAAGUGAUAAUGAAAGAUUUAGGAAAAGAAAGUUUGUUGUUACAAAAUAAAAUAGACAAUAAUAACCGUACGUUGGCAAUGGGACUGUACGGUUCUAAAUUGGGCGUGACUUCCGCUAAAAACCGGAAGUACACACCAACGUCACCGAUGGGAACAGUGACAUCUAGCGGUGGUAGUUUUAAACCUACUUACCUAAGAGCCUCAAGUAAGACAGACACUAGAUUUCCAUGGGAUAAGGCUGAUCUAUCCGAUCCUGAAAAUAUUGUAGAAAAGGACAGUUCACCGACACGGGCGCCGUCUAAAAGUAGCAUGCGCUUUAAAACGCCAUCUUCAUCCGCGUAUCCCGCCUCGAGAAUUCAAACAGAUGACUUUUUACAAAGCAUUUUAAACGAAGCAAUGAAUGACGAACUACUUUACACUCAGCGAACCGAACAACAAAACACACCAGCUCCAGAAUCAUCUAGACCACAACAUUCUUCAAGACGCAAAUCAAAAACGCCAAGAAAUAGAUCCCUGAUUACACCAAAUGAGUCCAUUGUUAAUUCCCUGGUUAACGCACAGGAAGCAGAUGAGGUUAUUUACUAAAUUGUAAGUUGUAAAGAAGCAAAGAAAAACAAUAACAAUGCUCUUGGUAAACUUUGUGAUUUCCAAAAUAGGUACUUUUUUUAUUCAAAACGUUAGCAACAAAUAUAAAUGAACAACACAGACGAUAGUUAACAACAGUUUCAAUGUGCAAUCUGUGUUAAAGCGUGUAUUCAUUUAUUUAUAUCAAUAACUGAUUGCCAGGAAGAACUUAUCACAACCAGAUAUCUUAACAGAAUUAAAUACAGAAAGAAUGCCAAAAAUAAUCGGUGAUUUUUUUCAUUACUUCCGGCAGAUAAUUUAUUUAGGGACAUUAGAGCUAUGGAUCUGAAUAGAAAUAAUUAUAAUUGUAUUCAAAUUCAUGACUCCGUGUAUGAAAUUACAAUGUAUGUGAGAUCUCGGAAAUUUAAAUGUAAAAAAAAAUCAUGAAACUUCAUCUCUUGUUUGAGAAAUAAUUAAAUAGACUGAAGGAAAUGUUAAACAUUCUGGUUGGUACGAACAGUAUAGUGAAGCAUCUGUAGUUUUAAUAAAGGAUUGCAAGCGCGAUAAGGGAGUGGAUGGGGUCAUAAAAUAACGAUAGGGAAUAAUGCAUAUUACGAACAAAGGGUUUGAAAUUUUACUAUAGACUGCAGGAUGGAUCUUGCGUCAACUUUUUGCGUAUUUUUUUUCACUAAACAAACGUAUAACAAGACGUUUCUCGUUAUUUUUGAAUCUGUGACUGAUUCCUUGAAGAUUGUAAAUGGUUCAAGCAAUAUAUGUGACUGGUUACCUGCAAUUCGUGAUUGGUUCCGAACAAUAAAUGACUGGUACCCAGCAAAAUGUGGUGUGGAGUCGUAAAUUAUCAUUGUUAUGUUUUGUUAUUGGCAAUAUUUUCAUCGUUAAGAAAUGCUAGUAUGUAUAUCAGUUUUAUUGAUGUUUUUUGUUUAUAUAUGUGUUCAUAAUAAAAUAUAUGCAGACGUUUUA